AUUAAAACUCUUCUUUCUCGUGAAAUUUUAGCCUGUGUGAUUUUUCAACUAGAAAAAGCUAGAGCAAAAAUGACCGCCAUAAAGACAUUGCUUUUGCUCGUUCAUGGCGGCGAAGAUAUGGAGAUUUUCCAAACCGUAGACACCUUGAGAAAGGCUCGACGAUUUGAGGUGACCGUGGCUGGCGUGAUCGGUCCUGAGACAGUCAAAACCUCAGCUGACAUCAACUGCACGCCCGACGAAAGCCUGGACGACGCCCUGAAAAAGGGUCCGUACGACCUGGUCGUCCUGCCAGGUGGAUUGUACGGAGCUCCAGUCCUUGCAGCGUCAGAGAAAGUCGGCGCCCUGGUCCGCGAGCAGGAGGCGGCGGGUCGCGUGAUCGCAUCUAUCUGCGGCGGGGGCUGGGCCUUGAUGAAGCACGGUGCCGUUAGGGGUAAGAGGAUCACUUCGUUCCCCUACUUCAGGAACCUGAUGCGCCAGAUGGACGUUAACAACGAGUGGAAAAUCAUCGACGACGAGCGCGUCGUCAAAGAUGGAAACUUUAUUUCGAGCCAAGGGCCAGGAACAUCAGCGGAAUUCGCGUUCGCCAUCGUGGAGCACUUUUUAGGUCGCGAACAGGCCGAAAUUCUGGCUGCCUUCUACCUGUACAACAGGGAUGCCGUAAUGCCGCAGAAGUAGCCAUUAUCCACGUUGUAAUUGAAUAAAUAUUUUGACUUUAAUACAAAAUUGCUUAUA